AUGGCCGAACAAGAUACACAUGCCUCUCAUUUUGGAGGUCAUCCUAUUCGCACUGAGAAAAUAACUGAGAAGGUAUCAGGAUGGACUGUGGCAAGUCUAGGCAAAGCAUCAACAAACAACAUACCCAAUUCUGCCCCCUCUGAACAAGAUCGCUUUGGAUCUAACUCAUCCAUCAUCCCACCAUGGAAUACCGGGGUGAAUGCCACAGCAGUAGGACUGCUACAACGCAGUUUCCUUCCAGCUUUAACCACAAAUUCAACCCUCUCACUCAUCUCAUACACCAUCGCCCGUCUCACAAACCGUUUUGAUCUCAAAGAUGUUUUCUGGCCACUAGGCCCUCUCAUCACUUCCUGGACCGUCGCACUUCAACGACAUAACUUUGAUAUAUCACAAACAUGGUCUAAUCUGGGAUAUCCUCAAAAGGUGGUCCUGGCAGGUCUAACAGCCUGGUCAGUCCGUCUCUUUUACCACAUCACAUCUCGAGCUAUUUCUCGCGGCCAAGACGAUGCACGCUAUACUUCUCAGCAAAAAACUCCUGACUUUUGGAAUAAAUCACUUUUUUCAACGUUUCUUCCAGAAGCGUUGGUGCAGUCGAUUAUUGCCCUUCCUUUCACAAUGUGUCUCGCAGCGCCAGAAGUUCUUCUUGGAAAUCAACCACUUCCAGGUAACCCGGGAUAUCAAAUCGCUAACGCAGCUGGUGUUUUCCUCUUCACGACUGGUUUUGUAUUGGAGGCGGGUGCGGAUUGGCAGUUGGAGAGUCAUAAACAGGACCGGACUGUUGGGUUGUUGACAGAGGGUAUUUGGAGUAUUGUUAGACAUCCUAACUACCUAGGUGACACACUCCUCCACGCAUCUUUCCCACUUAUCCUCUACGGCGCUGGACUCUUUCAUCCUCUUAUGCUUCUUGCUCCUCUUGCCAACUACACAUUCUUGAGAUAUAUAGGAGGUCAGGGAGAGAAUGAGGUCGAAGUAAAGGAUUCGAGAAAAGUGAAGGAUCUCGAGAAAUAUAAGAGGGAGAAGAAUAGCUUUUGGCCGGGUGUGGAUGAACUACAUAAUGAAUGGACUUGGACUGUUGUGGCUAUUGGAGCGGCGGGUGUGUUCGGGGAGUGGGGACUUAGGAAGUGUUUCUUAAGAGGGAUUGACCUCGCCAUAUAUGAUUACAAACACAGGGAUGGGGAUAUACAGUAUGAGCAUGGGAAAGAAGACUCUUCCUAUUUCUCUUUUUCACCAUUUCGCCAAGCGCAAAAGGUGCUCGUUAGUAAGGAAAGGAAGCAGAGGAAAGAAGGCAAAUCUGGAAUUUCGCUGUUUCAUUAUAAGAAACAUUCGAAGGGAUUUUUGAAGAAGAGAUUUAUGUUAAUAGAAGAGAGAGAGAGCGAAGUGCAGGAUCAAUUGUUGAAGGAACAGUUUGCGGAAGAUUCAAGGAUUAUUAGGGAGGGGAUAAUGUCUGAGGCGGGUGGGAGUUCGAGUGGGAGUGAUGGGAAGGGCUCGGGAUUGGAUGCGGGUUUGAGUGAGGGUGUGAAUGCGAAUGUCCAGGAGAGGGAUAGGGAUGGAGGCGGAAGUCAGAGUGUUGUUGGGGGUGGGUAUGCGGGGUUUGCGAGUGGAGGUUUGGGUUCAGGUAAUGGUUAUGGUGCUGGUAUUGGUAUUGGUAGUGGGAAUUUUCGGGGAAGAGAGCCGAAACUUGAGGAGAAUGAGGUGGUUUUAGAGGGACCUUUGGUGGCAUUGAAAGCAGCACUCCUCGCAGGAAGAUUCUCCGACUUGACCAUCUUUCAUGGUGUUCGUGUAUGGAAUGCGCAUAAAGUGGUUGUGUGUUCUCAAUCGGCGGUUUUGGAGAGUAUGAUUGAUAAUACUGGGGUUUCUGAUAUGUUCGGAAACCCAACCAAACCCAGCAUCCUCAACCUCUCCUCCUUCCCCCUCGACUCCAUCACCGCACUCAUGGAAUACCUCUACACAUCCGCCUAUUCGAUCCCUUCACCCACCGGUAAUUCCUCCCCCUCAACAUCAACCUACGCCUCCGGCCCCUCCUAUUCCCUACCUCUACACGAACAAAUCUUCUAUCUCGCCGUGCACCUACAAAUCCCCGCGUUGGAAACCCUGGCCGCGGCUUCUUUUCGCCAUACACUCAAUACGCAAAUCUCAAACCUCGAUGUAUAUUUCGCAUCCAUAACACGCAUCUAUGGGAAAACUACAGAGAGCAAUCCAGGAUUAAGAAAUGCGUUGGUGGAGGCGGCGGUGCAGGAAUUGGGGGGGUUACUAGGGGAUGAUAGAUUGAGGGAUACUCUUUGGGGUGCGAUGGGCAAGAAUAGAGAGUUUUGGGAGGGGGUAUUGAGGUUUUUGGGUACGGGGAGAGAUGUAGAGGUUAGGGAGGUGGUGAGGGAAGUGAGGGUUCCGGUGGAGGUGGAGGUGGAAGUGGAGAGUAAGAGGAUUUUGUGUGAGCAGUGUGGUCCGUGUGAAAAGGAAGAGUAUGUUAUUGCAUGUGCUUGUCGGGGCUGUGGGGAGGAUAAGGUGAUUAAACUUUUUUAG